AUGACCCAGUCUUUCCCAGCAAUUCCAGGUGACAAACUAGAGUGGAAGACUGCACCCGGAGACUCUGGAGGUCCGUUUGUUUGUAGAAGAGACAGUGGAAUCUGGGUCCUUGCUGGGAUAACUUCCUGGAGAGCUGGUUGGACUAGAGAUUGGACUUCUUUAAGAACAAACCAUAGAGGGGCAUCACUGGGCAUUUUCUCCAAGGUGUUUGUGUUGAUAGAUUUUAUCACUCAGAACAUAUUCACAGGAAUGCCCAGGGGGCAGCCUCUGCAGACUUGUAGAUCUCAGGGAACAGUGUUAUUUGGAGAAAAGGGGAAGAUUCAUUACCCCCAUUCCAAAGAGGACAGCUGUUCUCAUAAUUGCUUAUGUAUGUGGAGAAUGAUGGUACCAGAAGAUAAAAUUAUCCUGAUAAGAUUUACAAGCUUAGACAUACCAAAUCAAGUUGGAUGUGACCAUGACGAUAUAUCUUUACAAUCAAGCAAUGGAGUGCUUAUUAGUAAGGUCUGUGGAGGUCUGUUGCCCUCAUCAUUGCUGACAGAGACCAAUGAGGCCACAGUUACAUGCGUUUCUAGGACAGGAAACAGUGGCAACAGCUUUGAGCUGACCUUUACUGCUGUAUGGAAGAACUCAGGAGCAGGUUCAGGCUGUGGGAGUGUGGCUGCACCAGUGGAAGGAGGGACAAUUCACUCUGUCGAUUAUCCUGACUUGUAUCCCACGAAUGUAAGGUGUCAUUGCUUCAGUCAUUCUCCAGAGAAACCCAUUAUAAAGUUGGAAUUUGAGGACUUUAUCACUGAAUUUAGCCAAAACUGUGUUUAUGACGCUGUUGUGAUUUAUGGUGAUCCUGAAGAGGAGCACGAGUUAGAUAAGCUUUGUGGAAUCUUGAACCCUACUCUAGUAUUCAGUUCUAAUUACAUGCUGGUGAUUCAUUUUAAAAGUGAUGGUGAAAAUACCUUCCAGGGCUUCAAGGCUAGAUUCACCUUUGUGCUCUCAGACUCUUUAAACCAAGUUGGAUCAACAUCACCCCCCAAAAUCAAUCCCGUAUCUUCUGCAAAAGCUAUUCCAUAUGAUGAUUUCAUCUUCUUUGCUGUAGGCAUCUGUGGCAUCCCUCCAUUUAGUCUCCAGUGGCUUUCCAGAGGAAUUGUAGAGGGCGAAGAAGCCUGCCCCCACUGCUGGCCAUGGCAGGUGGGUGUGAGGUUUCUAGGUAGUCACCAGUGUGGAGGGGCCAUCCUCAACCCCACUUGGAUUCUGACUGCAGCCCACUGUGUGCAAUCGAAAAAUAAUCCUCUCUUCUGGACCAUUGUUGCUGGGGAUCAUGACAGAACCCUGAAGGAACCAACAGGGCAGGUGAGGAGGGUAAAACGCAUGGUGGUGCUCGAAGACUUCGAUAGACGGAGCUCCGACUCGGACAUCGCCCUGAUACAGCUGAGCUCUCCUCUGAAGUUCAACUCCGUCGUGGGGCCGGUGUGUCUCCCGCAAAGCACGGAGCCGCUCCUGUCCUCGGAGAUCUGUGCUGUGACUGGAUUGGGAAGCAUUAGUGAAGAUGGCGGCUUAACAAGGCGCUUCCAGCAGAUUCGGGUGUCCAUGUUGGAAAGCGAGGGGAGCGAACGUACUUACUCCUCUCACCCAGGAGGGCUCACGGAGAAGAUGAUGUGUGCUGGCUUUGCAGACUCUGGAGGGAAAGAUUUCUGUCAGGGAGACUCUGGUGGCUCAUUAGUAUGUAGGCAUGAAACUGGUCCCUUUGUCCUGUAUGGCAUUGCCGGCUGGGGAGCUGGCUGUGCCCAGCCAAGGAAGCCGGGUGUAUUUGCCAGGGCGAGUAUCUUCUUGGACUGGAUCCAAUCCAAAAUCAAAGGUCCUGCUUCACUUCAGAUAAAUAAUGAAAGCAAAACCUUACCAAGACAACAGUUGCCACCACCCACACCCUCAACAGACAAUGCAUCUGGACCAGGUUGUUACUCUGAGGUGGAACUAGAAGAACCCAGAGGCUUUUUCUCAACUCCAGGAUAUCCACUGGAUUAUAGAGGAGAACUGGAAUGUUCUUGGGUGCUCAGAGUGUCCCCGAACAGUAUGGCAAAAUUGACGGUUGAGUACCUGUCACUGCCUUGGUCUCCUGUGUGUCCAGAUUCAGUUAUGACUAUUUACGAAGAAAGCCAUGAUGAGAGAAGGGUGGCAGGUGAAUUAUGUGGAAGAGGGCUUUACCCAAUGAUUUUCAUGAGCUCUGGACCACUGGUGAGAGUGGCAUUUCAUUCCCUUGUGCAAGGUGCUUUGGGCAUAAGUUAUAUUGUCUUUAGAGUCCAAGGUCCAAAGGGCAGCAAAACUACCAAACUUCUCCAGAGUUCAAACCAAGAACAUACAGCCACUUGGGAGGAUGUUAUCCUGACUAAACCAGGAGGAAUCAUACAGAUCCCAAGAUACUCUCACAGAACCAUUAUGAGUUGCCACUGGAAGUUAUCAGCCCCUUUACAGCACGUCAUUCGCCUUGAUAUUAUCAACUCCCAGAUGAAGCCGACGCCCUUGGCCUGUCAGGGUCACAUGUGGGUUUAUGAAGGAUUUGGAUCAGGCAAAAAACUAAUAGGAAAAUUGUGUGGAGGAAAUUCACCUUCAUUAAAAUCUCAUGGUCCUCUAGUCAUGCUGAUUUUCACAUACAAUGUCAGUUGGGCCAUGGAAGAAUUUUCUUUGAGAUAUUCUUUUCAUAUUUCUGAUUCCAUGAGAGGAAAAAACAAAGUUAAUGAUAAAGGAUGUCCAGUAUUGGAUUUGAUUCCAGUUAGUUCUACUGAGAUCACAUCUCCCAAUUAUCCUAACAUUUAUCCCAACAUGCUGAACUGCACUUGGACUUUUUAUUCCAAGUCAGGAAAUAAAAUGAAGGCAGUGAUGAAAGACUUUACAACAGAAGCAUCUUGGAACUGUGAAUGGGAUUAUUUCAGUAUUUAUGAUGGACCAGAUCAGCAAUCAAGAUUACUUGCUCAUUUAUGUGGUUCCAAGAAAGAAUUUGUCUUGAUAUCCAGUGGUGCUUACCUGACCAUGAAUUUUAAGACUGAUAAGUCUGUGGGAGAAAGAGGUUUUAAACUUAUUUUGGAAGAUACAGUUCAGAAGCAUUCACAAAAAAGUAAUAUGGGAACCCAACUGCCUAUCAAUGAGAUAACCGUAGAAAGCAAUACUGGAAAACAGCCAACCCAAGACACAUGUGGAAUUCCAGUUGUUGACCCAUUUCUAAUGCAAGGAUCUGAGAGAAACACACAGGUGUUGCCAGCUGAGCGUGGGGAGCCCCGGAUGGUGGGUGGCCAUGUGGCACCUGCCAGGUCGUGGCCCUGGCUCGUCAGCCUGCAGCACCAAGGCCAACAUUUCUGUGGAGGUGCUCUGAUUGCAAAGCAGUGGGUCCUGACAGCGGCGCACUGUAACUUUAGUACUAUCACAGAUGGCCUGGUAAUAGGAAGAAGUUCCCUCUCAAACACGGGAAAUAGUGAUUUGAUACCAGUGAAAGCUGUGUACACUCACCCUGGCUUCGCACAGUUCCCUCCUACUGAUGAUCUAUCCUUGCUGCAGCUGGAGAAACCUGUCCAACUAGGGGAGUUUGUAUCUGUAAUCUGUUUGCCAGGGAAAGAUGAUAAAAUAAACUUAUUUUCCAAAUGUCUGACUGCUGGAUGGGGAAUAACUGAACCACAUCAAGAUGAAUUUUCUAAAACCGUGCAGGAAGCAGUGGUCCCACUGAUCAGCAGUACAUCUUGUCGAAGCUACUGGGGACUGGAUAUUAAAAACACCAACAUAUGUGGAGGGGCUGUGGGCUCAUCCUCGUGCAUGGGAGAUUCUGGAGGACCGCUGCAGUGUGCCCACGACGGACAGUACGAGCUCAUCGGUAUCGUGAGCUGGGGCAGCAGUAACUGCCAGCCUAGCGCACCCACGGUCUUUGCCAGAGUUUCUGCCUACAGGGACUGGAUCGCAUCUGUCACUGGAGGAGAAGCGUGACUGCUGCAAGAGUAGCCUGGUGCGAUUGUGUUCAUAAAUGUGGAAGGAAGUCCCUAGCAAUAUACCUGAAAAAUAAGGCUCUUGUCAGUGCCAGAGACUCCGUGUCACUUGG